AUGCUGGCAGCCUUUGAGCAGGAAGCCGCCCAGGUCAACAAGCCCCGUCUCAUGAUCACCGCGGCUGUUGCUGCAGGAAUUUCCAACAUUCAGGCUGGCUACGAGAUUCCCGAGAUUGGACAGCACUGCCGUCACCAGCAUUCCCUCCAGCGCUCCCCCCUCCGUGUCUAUGGCAACCGGAAUGGACGGAAGCAGAUCUCUUUUGGGUCAUGUCAAGAGCGGAAAAUGUUCCCUCUCCACCAUGCCCCAGACAGGCUGGCAAUCCAGCUCAUACCCAUCAGGGGAGACCCUUCGCUUGGGCCAGGCUGUUACUUGAGUCACGAGAGCGGCAGCCUUAGAUACUCUUUGGAAAACAAACCCUUGAGCAAGAAAGGCUAUGUGAUAGGAGCGAGAACAGCCCAGCGUUUCAUACCAGAGCCACAGACUGUGACUCCCAGCCCAGCAACGUACCAGUCAUUCUGGAAUAAACAGGGAAAAUGCCAGCCUGCCUAUGCUCCAUUUUCCACUAGGACACCACGAUUUCCAGAUAAGCCUUCAGACAAAAAUUUCCCUGGACCUGGAGCUUACAACGCAGACAAGCCAUUACACAAAAAAAUCACUUGGCCAAUGAAGUUUGGGUCUCCAGACUGGUCUUUAGUGCCAAUGCCAGCGAAGAGGAUGCUAAAAAUGGAGGUACAGAAGCUGACCAUAGACAAAGAACUCUGGAAACACCGGAAUCGAGUGGCCUACCUGAGUUUAUACUACAGCUGA